AUAUAAUAUAUCAAAAAAGUAUGCUCUCAAAGAAGUUCAUAAUAACUAUGAAACCUUAGACAACAAAAAAUAUGAGGAGAAUGAGAACUACACUGAUAAUACAAAAGAAGAUUAUAGAAAUCGAAUAACCUCAAGAACAAAAGGAACAAUUUCAAAAAUUUUUUAG